UGAUUGAAAUAUGGCAUUGAACUUGUUUUAAAAAGGGAAGGGGGGUAGGAAAGAAAAGCUGAACCUGCAGCAAAGUGUCCUGUGCUGAGGAGAACAGUUAGGAAGUGUUUGCAACGCUUCUGAACUCUGAGAGGUUCUCGUUCUGUAACCUUCACCUCCCACUGGGUGGGGUAGGACCUCUCAAAGCAGCUGGAAUGCAGUUGCCCUAAUCAGUGUAGCCAGUCUUUGCUUGUCUGAACCUCUGCUGAUCCUGGAGAGCGGUGCCCUAAGCGCCACCAGCCGGCAUCUCUCUGGCUCCCCUCGUCACCGCCCUUCUCACCUGAACAGGAAGACGCUCCCAGCCGGGAAGAAAGUGUCCACUGUUCAGUCAUGGAAGAGGACGCUGCACAAGCCGAAAAGUUCCAUCACCGAGGUGUUGACAUGCGGCAGGAGAAACCAUCAAACCCCAGCCCGGUGCCUUCCUCCACGCCGAGCCCCAGCCUGAACCUGGUGAGCACGGUGGAAGCCAUCCGGGACAACUCGCAGGUGAAUGCUGUCACCGUGCUCACGCUCCUGGACAAGUUGGUGAACAUGCUGGACGCCGUGCAGGAGACCCAGCACAAGAUGGAGCAGCGGCAGAUCAGCCUGGAGGGUUCGGUGAAGGGCAUCCAGAACGACCUCACCAAGCUCUGCAAGUACCAGGCCUCCACCAGCAACACGGUCAGCAAGCUGUUGGAGAAGUCCCGCAAGGUCAGUGCUCACACCCGGGCGGUCAAGGAGCGCAUGGAGCGGCAGAGCGCGCAGGUGAAGCGGCUAGAGAACAACCACGCCCAGCUCCUCAAACGCAACCAUUUCAAAGUGCUCAUCUUCCAGGAAGAAAACGAGAUCCCUGCCAGCGUGUUUGUGAAAGAGCCAGUCUCCGGCCCUGCGGAAGGAAAGGAGGAGCUCGCUGAUGAAAACAAGUCCCUGGAGGAAACCUUGCACACAGUGGACCUCUCAUCAGAUGACGAAUUGCCCCAUGAUGAAGAGGCCCUAGAAGACAAUGUCGAGGAGAAGACGGAAGAAAGCAGAGCAGAGAAAAUAAAAAAAUCCAGCCUCAGGAAAGUGGAUAGCCUCAAGAAAGCAUUUUCACGCCAGAACAUCGAGAAAAAGAUGAACAAGCUGGGGACAAAGAUCGUAUCUGUAGAGAGGAGAGAGAAGAUUAAGAAAUCUCUCACUUCCAAUCAUCAGAAAAGCUCCUCAGGAAAAAGCUCCCCCUUCAAGGUUUCUCCCCUCAGUUUCAGUAAAAAGAAAGUCCGAGAAGCAGAAAGCCCCGCAGAAAAUGAGACCAAAUCCGAAGGCACGCCUGGCAGUGAACAGAUGCUGAAUGACCACGAGGAGAGCUCGGUUGCAGAGGGUCUUUCUGAAGCAUCAUUGGCAGAAGAGAAGAACGCAGAGGAGGAUGCUGACAGGGUGGCCUUGAGAGGGAGUAACUCAGGGAUGGACAGUAACAUCGACUUAACAAUUGUAGAAGAUGAAGAAGAGGAGGCAGUGGCCCUGGAAUAUGCGCAGAAGACGCGCUAUGAGGACCGCUACAUGGGAACCCCGGAGGAGACAGAGAGGUCGGAUGAGGAACCUGUGCAGCCAGCUGUGCUCCAGGUGGACCAGACCGUCUAGGCGCACAGCCCGCUGGGCCCAGGCUGUCAUUUUGGUUAAGUGGGUAACCAGAACCUAGAAACAAACGCUUGCACAUAUCUAGCAGUACCGACUCACUACCCUGUACUUGUUCAGUCAGUAGUAAUUUAUUACAUAGUAACAGAGUACACGUGACCAAGAUUUACUAUGAAAGCAAUGUGUCAGGGGCUCACUUCUUUUUAACUUGCUCUUAGGUUCUAUUUAUGUAGAAUCUCUCCAAGUUUUGCCAGGAAGAGGAAAUGGAAUAGUUGAAAAAUACUAGUCAAUUUGGCUUAGUUAGAAAAACCAGAGGAUACUUAAGAUACUAGUCAUGGAAUGUGAUUCUUUUUUUUUUUUUUUUUUUUUGGUCACUCCAUAAGCUUGCUGAAUAAUUACCAGUAAUAUAUUGCAUUUCCACAGUAGUCUGUGAAUCUAAUUAUUAUUC